GUUCCCGGAGAAAUGGGAGAGCUCAACAAGUAAAAGCAGCAGAAGAAUUUCUAAAAGGAGAGAGAGGAAGAUGUGGAAGAAACCCAUCAAGAUUUCUAGAUUUCCCAGUUUCGGUUUCUCCGGUUCCGACUUCACUGUUGAUCAGAUUCCGGCCAUCUUCUCCGGCUACACUGCCGAGUCGGAAGAUUCAUCGUCUUCUGAUAUGUCUGAUGAUUCAAGAACUUACUCGAAAUCAUCUGAUGAGAAUGAGGAGAUUGACCAGGAAAGGUCAAGAUCGGUGAAGAGACGAGCGAAAUCGAAGAGUAUUUCUCGAAUUUCAAGCAUGAAGGUUCUUAGGAGACAGUCAACGAGGACAUUAUAUGGAGGAGGUCAGAGAUUGAAGAAGAUGAGAUCUAUAAAGCGUUUAACUUCAAAUUCGAGACAUAUUCUAAGGAAAAAGAAUCUUGAUAGGGAAGAUUUUGGAUUGUUACAGCCUCAUUACUUGAGACCAACGAGCUCUUCUGCUUCAAAGAAUGUCGAAAAUGAUCAGAAGAAUCUUGGAGUAGCUAGGUUGAAGAGAAUUGCAAGCUUGAGAUACAAUGGUUUGCUUAAAGCUACAUGUUCUUCAGCUAUGAAAGGUUCUUCUUCUAAGAAGAGUAAUGAUGUUUGUACUUAUAGGUAUUGUUCUCUGCACGGUAGGCGUCAUAGCCACGCUGCGGAUAACAAUGUUCCGUCUUUGAAGCGGUUUGUGUCUAUGAGGAGGAAGUUUUUGAAUAGGCAGAAGAGUGUGAACCGGCGUUUGGUGUUAUUGAAGCGGACUUUGAGUAGAAAGAGAGGGCCUUUAGGCGGUCGGGUUGUGACUGAUCAAGAAUCAAAGGAGGUGGAUGAUAAUGUAGAUGGAGAUUCUGAUCAAGAUGUGUUUGAAGAAGAGGUUUCCAGCUCGGAGAAUGGUGGAAAUGAUAAGGAAUCGAUUGGAAGAUCUAGUGAGACAGUAAUGGUAGAUGUUGAUGAUAAUGCGGAUAGAGGAAUGGAUUCAAUGGAGACUGUUGCAUUAGAGGUUCAGGAAUCUAAACCGGAGACUGUGGAUGAUUCAGAUGGCACAAUUGACAAAGAUAUGAAGAAAAACGCCACACUAUGGCACGCUAUUUGUGAGCAAACUGUGACGGGUCUCGGUCAUGAUGAUGGGAAGGUGAAGGUCGAGGGAACAAAGAGUGAGGAAACUGUGGGAGAUAAUGAAGAUGUUUGCAGAGAAGGUUCCUCUGGAGAAAUGAGAGAAGAGGAUGGAAAGAAAACCGAAAAUGUAUGGAAUGAAACUGUAACACUCGUUAAGCAAGCGUUUGAUGAGAUACUUGCGGAAAUCACCGAUGAUGACUCGUCUGAUGAUAUUUCUAUUACAAAGGAUGAACCUUUAGAGGGUGGAUUGGAAAAAGAAGAUGUAGGAGCGGAUUCGAGUGAUUCAAAUAGCUCGGAUAUGCAGCCUAUUAUAGGUAGAGAUACACAUCUGUCUGUGAUUGCUUCUACUUUUCAUAUGAGAGAAGAAUAUGAUCAUCAGAGAGGUCCCAAGAAGUGGAGUUAUUUGAAAAGAGUAAUUCUUCUCAAGAGAUUUCUCAAGUCGUUGGACCGGAAAGAAAGGCGUAAGUUGUCUGAUGGCAAAGAGAGUGAAACAAUAAUGCGGUUGAGAAGAGAGUUGGUUGGGGAGAGGAAGAAUGCAGAAGAAUGGAUGCUUGAUCAUGCACUUAGGCAAGUCAUUUCGACACUUGCUCCGUUGCAGAAAAAGAAAGUGAAACAUCUUGUUAAAGCUUUUGAAAGUUUAAUCCCAAUGGAUGGGGGCUCUAAAGGUCAUGAUGAUCUUGAAAGUCCCGGAAGAGAAGAGAACGAAACAAUGAACUCACCGACGAUCUUGAGAGACAAUGAAGACUCUACUGAUAUACAGGAAGUUUUACCAGCAAAGGAUCUUGAAGAAACAAACAUAACUAGUGAAGCAUCAUCAUCUCUGUCUAUUGAUAUGAAAUCUGAUGAAGCUUUGGAAUCAAUAGAAGCUGCAAGUUUAUGUAAUCAUCUUGCUGUGGAAGAAGAAGUAGGUGGGUUGGCUUCGGGUUCAUUUAUAGAAGAAGAAGAGAAGAAAGGAGAUUCUGAAAAGCAAAAUCUUUCUACAUGGAGGAACCUUAUACAGAAGCACAUGGUCAUGAGAAACAACAGCGAGGGAAAUCGUGAUGAAACUGAUCAAGAACACAAGUGGUCCUAUGGAACUGAUCAGAUGGCAGGUAUUGAUGAUGCUAAUGCUGCAGCUGUUAAAUCGAUUCAGCUAGCAUUUGAAACGAUUCUCUCAGAGAUACCUGACUCAUCGUCCGACGAAGAGAUUGUUUCGGAAUCAUCUAACUCUCUUAAAGAGGGGAAAGAAGAUCAAGGAGAGACCAAGAAGAGCUGGAACAGCCUGAGAAAAGUUAUACUUCUAAAAAGAUUUGUGAAAAGCUUGGAAAAGGUACAGGUUUCUAAUCCGAGAAAGAUGCGUAGUCUUCCUGUUGAAUCUGCAUUUGAGGCAGAAAAUGUAUUACUGAGACACCGAUCAUUAAUGGAGGGAAGAAGAACAGAUGGAGAGGAACUGAUGCUGGAUUAUGCUUUGAGACAAGCUAUAUCAAGAUUGGCUCCUAUACAGAGAAAGAAGGUAGACCUCCUUGUUCAAGCCUUUGAUAUAGUCCUUGAUGGCCAUGAUACUCCUAAAGAAACCAAGACCAGUGAUACUCCCCGGAACAAUGAUGAAACUAGCGAAGAAGAAAAACCGAGAGUAGAGGAAGAUUAUGAAGUCAACAAAGAUGAGCAGAAGAUUAAAAAUGUCUUUGCAAGAUUUCAGGUACAUCAAAAAGACCUGAAAGGAGAAGAGGAGGUUGUUUCUACACCGAAGGAAUCCAGAAAGUUGCCUCCAAUCAGAAAUGUUAAACAGCGAAUCGUGGUUGAGAAAGAGAAAGAUUCGAGAAUGUGGAAGCUCAUCUAUAAACACAUGGUAACAGAGAAAGAAGGAAAUGGUUCUGCAAAUGGUGAAUCAGUGACUUCAGUUGAAGGUGAAUGUGAUGAUGAGGCUGGUGGUCUUCAGAUUGAUGCGAGAAGAAGCGGAACAGUUACACUUGUUAGAGAAGCGCUUGAGAAAAUUCUCUCUGAAAUUCCGGAUAACUCAUCUGAUGAUCAGUCUAUGGACAGUGAUAUAACUACGGAUCAAGAACUAUUUGAAAGAAACUCUCAAGUCAGUGAAGAGCCUGUUUCUUCAGCUAGGGAAAUCAUUUUCAAACCAAAGUCUAAUGAGAAAAGAGUGAAGGGAUGGAACAAUGUGAAGAAAGUCAUUCUUCUAAAGCGAUUUGUUAGUGAUUUAGGAAGUCUGACAAGACUCAGUCCCAAGACUCCUCAUGUUUUGCCAUGGGAACCCGAUCCAGAAACCGAAAAGAUUCGUUUGAGGCAUCAGGAAAUUGGAGGGAAGAGGAAUUCAGAGGAAUGGAUGCUCGAUUAUGCUCUACGACAAGCCAUAUCGACAUUAGCACCGUCUCAGAAAAGAAAAGUCUCUCUUCUUGCACAAGCUUUCGACACUAUAAGCUUACAAGAUAUGGGGAGUGGUUCAACCCCGGGGUCAGCAACAUCGUCCAGGAACAUCUCUCGUCAAUCCAGCAUUUCUUCUAUGGCGGUCCAUAGUGAAAAUGAAGCUAAUGCUGAGAUCAUCAGAGGAAAACUGAGAAAUCUACAAGAGAAUCUCAAAGAGAGUACAAAACUUGAUAAUGUAGCCAAUGAUUUGGAAGAGAAACAACAGUGCUCGAGCUUGUGGCGGAUAUUAUGCAAACAGAUGGAAGACAACGAGAAAAACCAACCAUUGCCUGAAGAAACAAGAAAAGAAGAAGAAGAAGAACUGAAAGAAGAUACAAAUGUGGAUGGUGAAAAGAUGGAACUUUACCAAACCGAAGCAGUGGAGCUAUUAGGAGAAGUCAUAGAUGGAAUUUCUCUUGAAGAGAGUCAAGAUCAGAACCUAAUCCAAGGAGAAACAAGGCAGAAGAGUGAAACUUUACAGGUCUCAAAAGUGAGGAUUGACCGAUGGAGCAACCUGAAAAGAGCGAUUUUACUCAGGAGAUUCGUCAAAGCCUUAGAGAAUGUAAGGAAAUUCAACCCGAGAGAGCCUCGGUUCUUGCCUCCGAACCCCGAAGUAGGAGCGGAAAAAGUGAAUCUAAGGCAUCAAGAAACUCAAAACAAGAAAAAUGGUGACGAAUGGAUGGUCGAUAACGCGCUUCAAGGAGUGGUUUCGAAGCUAACACCAGCUCGGAAACUUAAAGUUCAGUUAUUGGUGCAAGCGUUUGAGACACUUUCGGCUACAGGGAACUGAGACAAAGCAAUAUGUCUUAUUACAAAGUUUUCAGUUCAUAAGGUAAACAACGCAUCAUAAUACGAUACUCUUUACUUAGUUUAUCCAUUGUUUGAUGAUAAUUUUUAUACAGCUUUUGCAGCUUCAGAAAACAAAGAACCAUGAAGAACAAGAACUGGAAGAUAGCUAAAGACAUUUUAUUUGCUCUUGCAAAUCUUGUCAUGUGUUUCUUUAUCUUUUGUUCUUGCAUUGAUUCAUUAUUUUGAUUUAAAUGGAUUCAAUUACAGAGUUCUCCAACCUUUUUGAUAUACAAGAUAUAAAACAACAGAGUAUACUUCAGUGUGAUAUUAGAGCUGAGAUAGUUGUCAUUUGUGUUGUUGUGAUCAACGAAUUCAAUUUUUUUUCUUCACAUUAAAAGAUUGUGCAAUUA